AAUAAUGACGUCACACAGUCGCCAUUUUUCUCUCAGCUGUUUUGAAACGACGAGGAGAGGUUUAUUUUGAAUAAUAUCGUUACCUAGAUCUAGUGCACUAUAUAAUAGUGUGGUCAUAGUGCGAUAUGUCUGGGGAAUCGCCACGAAGAGUUUCCAGGAGUGGCGGGAUAACGGUGCGACCACAACCAGCAUGUGAUAAAAGUGUAUUAGAGAGUGUUGUUGAUUUCUUUCAAGACGUUGUACCUCAGGCCUACAUUGGUACACAGAAAUCUGAUGAUAAAGAAAAAAUUCAAUGGGUGAAGUUUGAACAAACUGAUGUAAAUGAUAUCACAGCUAAUCCUGAUGUGUCACUACCUAGUGGGAGCUCUCCACCACUACUGCUGGUGCUGGGUUAUGUGAAUGGGGUACAAGUCUGGAUUGUCACAGCUAGUGGAGAGAGCCAUGAAGUAUUGUCCUUGAGGCAGGGUCCAGUGAGGGUCCUCAGGGUGCUGUCCAGUCCAGAGCCUGUAUUUGAAGAUUCCAUGCAUGAUGCCUUUGAGAGCAAGAGGCCUUUGGUGGCUCUCAGUGAUGGCUCCAGCCCUGGUCAGCCUUAUUGCUCUGUGAAGCUCCUCUCCUUAAAGACUGGAGAUGAAGUGCACAGCAUAUCAUUUCCAUCUCCAGUGUUCAACAUUCAGGCUAAUAAAAGGGUAAUGGUGGUAGGCCUACAUGGAAGUUUGUCUGUGUUUGACACAUGCAGGUUUUGUAAAGUACUGACUGUAACAAAUUGUUACCCUUCCAAAGGACCUGACAUGAAUCCUGUGGCACUGGGGACAAGGUGGUUAGCAUAUGCUGACCAGAAGCUGGUGCCUAUGCAUCAGUCUUGUGGUGGGAUGACAGGAGAUGGGGCCCAGUCCUAUGCUGCCACCAUGAUCAAUGCAGCAAAGACAAUAACAAAAGGUUUACAGAUGUUUGGAGAGACUGUGACCAGCAGUUUAACUGGAAACAAGCCGGUGCCUCACAAAAAAGAGCCCAGUGUCUCGGACCCAGACCACACUCCUGGAAUAGUCACCAUUAUUGAUAUACAGAAGAUUAAGGGAGAGUUUUGCGUGGCAGAUGAGUACGAUGGCGAAGGCAUUCUGGCCCACUUCCCAGCACAUGCCAGUGAGCCUGUGUCGGCACUGAGUUUUGACCCCAGUGGCAUACUGCUAUUUACUGCCUGCAGACUGGGACAGAAUUUCCACAUAUUUCGCAUCAUGGCCCAUCCUUGGAGUUCCUCCAUGGGGGCAGUGCAUCACCUGUAUACCCUACACAGAGGAGACACUACAGCAAAGGUGCAAGAUGUGACAUUUACAAUGGACAGUCGGUGGGUUGCAGUGAGCACGCUCAGAGGGACCACACACCUGUUUCCUAUGACCACAUAUGGAGGUCCUAUCACAGUACGUACGCACACCUCGCCCAGGGUUGUCAAUCGUUCCAGCCGGUUCCAUCGCAGUGCUGGCUUGGAUGAUAUCGAGCAAGCCACAGGCCGCCAUAGCCCUGUGACUGUGUCUGGAAGUCCUGGGGGAAGUAACGCAGCUUAUCAUGAACACUACCCCACACUGUUGCACCAGAAUGCUCUCAACAAUAACAGCAUCAACCCCAGGCUUCCCCCUUACCCCCACCCCACUACCAUGUACCCCUUGGUGCAGAUCAAGCAGCCCCUGACCCUGGCCAGCAUAAGUGGGGGGCCAGCUGCCAAGUCAGGACAGACCCCAGGGUCGGCCGUGGAAACCCUCUGCGUGGCUGCAGCAUUUGGGCCCAUGAAGGGCUGGGUGGCUGGGGCCAUGAGGGAGAAAGGUGAUGCUAAGCGUGCCAUAGACUCACUGUAUGUGUUUGGUUGGGGAGGCAGUCUUAUUGAAUACGUGCUGGAUGUGAAGCCGAAGCCAGGCAUUGACAAGAUCAGUGAUGAAGCCCCAAUAGAGGUCACUGCUGUCCCCAGGGCACAGUGGAAUUUGCAAAGAUCAAUCCAUGCUGCUGAACUGAAGCCUCCAUUGUCAAGUAACAAUCAGCUGAUCCUGGCAACAGAUGCUGUUUUAACUCAACAACCCUCUUCAUCCACAGACUAUCCCUAUGCUGGCCUAGUCCAGCGCGUAGACUCCGAGUCCAGUCUGUCAUCUGAUCACAGUAGUAUUAAAGAAGACAUGGAUGACCAGUGGCUAUCACAGGUUGAGAUCAUCACUCAUGCAGGGCCACAUAGGCGGUUGUGGAUGGGACCCCAGUUUUCAUUUAAGACAUUCCAGAAUACACAGAACACAACGACAGUACUGUCAUCAAAUUCAUCAGUUUUACUGUCACAAAGUCCAGAGACACAAAUCACAACCACAGACAUACUGAGUGAUGAGGUGGACCUGCAGAGUUUACCCCUACAACCUACACGAUCAAGUCCUGUAGCCAUGCCUGGCAGACAAAGGGCGCAGAGAGGAUCAACCAGUAGUGACACCUACAGUCCAACACCUGUGUUCUCUAUUGAAGCAGGCAGCUUUGAGCAGUCACCCAAUUUGGUUGAAGUGUGUGGAAGUUGGCCUGAGGUGUCUGGGCAGAUAGCGCCGGCCUUGCCAACCAGGAGUGGCGAUGUCCCAGAAGAAAGCCUCUGUGAGACCUUGGCAGACGCCAUGAUUGAAUCUCCCCAAAAAGACGGGAGGCCACAGGAUGAAAGUAAAGAUCAAAGCAAGAAACGUGGCGCUGCAUUUGAUUUGCGUUCCUCCCCAGUACAAACAUUAGAACACGUCUUGGUGUUUCCGAGUAACAAUUCUUCGGAUUUACAAAGUUGAUGUGGAGGGGGGAAUUCUCACAAAUACGUGGACGGAGGAUAUUUUUUAUCUGUAAAUAUUUAAUUAGAUACAGUUGUAAAAUGCUAAGAUUAUCGGCCAUGGUGGUAAUGUAUUUUAAGGCAACAAGAUACAAAAUAAGAUUUGUAAUUCGUAUAUUAAUUCGGAAGGAUUAAAGAAAGAUUAUUUGUAUUUUUACAUUUUAUUCAUGACAAUGAUAAAUUGUUUUUUGUAUUGUAUAAGCUAGUCGAGUAAAAAGAAAUACUGGCAUAUUACGAAAUAAUAUUGUAUUAAUUUUAUUCUUAACAAUAUUCUGUGGUUUUGUAUCAGUUUCGUUUUAUUAAAAUAUUUGCCAACUGCCCUUCAUAACUGUCUAAAUAAGUAAACUUCUUUUGAGAAUUUAUUGAAAAUCGAUGGUAACCCUAUUACUUCGCCAGUACAACUAUGUCGUGUUUCUGAAACAUUUUGUAUCCGAUGAAAUAUGAGACCAUAUUCGUUUGUAUU